AUGUUCGGCGCUCGCACAUCUGCUCCAGCCACAGGCGGCCUGACUGUCAAUACUUCGUCUGCGAAUGCCCUCUUUGGAAAUAACCCAAAUCCUACUCCAACAACCUCAACGACAACUGGACAGAAUCCCAGCGGUGCAUUUGGUAACCUUGGCUCAACAACGGCCACUUCAAAUGCGGGUGGAAAUCUAUUCGGCGGCCUAGCGUCAACCCCCGCGAUCUCUUCGGCCCCAAGUGCAGGUUUGUUUAGCAAUACAGGCUCCGCAAAUACUCCUACAACUAGUGCCGCAGGGCUUUUUGGCGCGCUUGGGUCAUCUACAGCAGCCACAGCGCCCCAGCAGUCAGGGAAUAUGUUCUCCGGGCUAGGAGCUUCAACAAACGCGUCAGCAACUGGGACGACACAAGCUCAACAACCAGGAGGGUUAUUCGGUGGCGGUGCUGGAACCCAAACAAAGCCUACGGUAGGAGGCUCGCUAUUUGGCCAGACGCCUGCUACGUCUCAGGCCCAAACCAAACCUGCUUUUAGCUUGGGAGGCGCUUCAACAACUGGUGGAGGAUUAUUUGGUGCGACUACAGCGCAACCACAGCAACAGCAACAGCAGCAGCAGCAGGGACCAACUCUAUCCCUUUUUGCGAAUCAAAAUUCUUCUGCAAAGCAAGAUCAAAAGGCUCCCGGAGCUCCAAUCGUACAAGGAGUCAAGAUUGACAUUUCAAACCUCCUUCCUACGACAAAGUUCGAAAGUUGCGCCGACGAGCUGAAGAAGGAAAUUGAAACGAUAGACACCUAUAUUCUCAACCAAAUUCGCAUGUGCAAUGAGGUCUCCGAUCUAUUGCCCACAAUAUCUGCUCAAGGAGCAUUGAUACCGAAUGAUGUCGAGUUUGUUCAAGGUAAACUUGAUGCACUACAGGAAGCUCUGGAGAAUGACGCCAGUGGAAUCGAUCAUGCUCGAAGCCUUGUCAAGGAAGAUGCAGAAAAUGCUAAACUCGCAUUCCGUGCAAUUGAUACUAUGCUUUUGCCAUCGCAAUACCAGCCAGCCCCAGGCGAGAGAUGGUGGUCGUCGACGCAACAGCCGCAAUCCAUCUCCAAACACUCCCUUCGGACCACAUUUGGCAUGCGACGAGCCACUCUCGCCCUUCCAGAGGAUACAGAAGUCGAUUCCACCCAAGACGGACCCAAUAACGUUGUAGAUUAUUUCUCACGCCGUGCGGAUGAAAUGGACGCUGUGCUUGGAGAAUACCGCAAGAACCUGAAAGAAAUUGAAGACCAUCUCCAUGGAGUGGAACUUUCAAUUCAAAAACAAAUCAACGACAUUGCAUCAUUCAGGAGUAAAAAUGGCACCCCACAUAAACCUGCCUCCCGAGUUUCCCAGCUUGCUUCUACACUGGGAGACGUGGAAACCGCAAUUCUUGGGGUUGCUGGCAGGUUAGGCGGCGUUAAGGAGGAAGUCCAGGAAGUUAUGUUGGGCCCACUUGGCGGUCAUAGCGGGAAAAUCCCGAACGGGUGGUGA